AUGCCCGAUCCCCCCCCUAAUCCAUCACCUCCCCCUCGCACCACCACCACCACCACCACCAUCCGCAUCCUCGACGGCGGCCUCGGCACAUCCCUCGAGCACAACCACGGCAUCUCCUUCACCCCGUCCUCCUCCCCCCUCUGGUCCUCCCACCUCCUCGUCUCCGACCCGGCAACCCUGCUCCUCUGCCAGAAAUCCUUUGCCGCCAUCCCCGUCGACGUCCUCCUCACGGCAACCUACCAAGUCUCCAUCCAGGGCUUCGCGGCCACCAAAACAGCGGAGCACCCGUCCGGCAUCGCAGACGCCUCCCACAUCCCGCCCUUUCUCGACAAGGCCAUCCAAAUCGCCCAUGAAGCAGCAAAGGCACGAACCCCUUGCGCCGCCGCCGUGGCACUAAGCCUCGGCCCCUACGGCGCAUGCAUGAUCCCCAGCCAGGAAUACAGCGGGGCCUACGACGCGGAACACAGCUCCGAGGAGGCCCUCUACCUCUGGCACCGCCAGCGGAUGGAGCUGUUCGCGCGUGUCGUCCCGCCCGUCAGGCGCAGAAUCACCUACAUGGCCCUCGAGACAAUCCCCCGCCUCGACGAGAUCGUCGCCCUCCGCCGCGCUCUGGCCGCCGUCCCGGAGCUCUCCUCCGGCAUCCCCUUUUGGAUGUCCUGUCUCUUCCCCCACGAAGACGACGACAACACGCCCGACGGGAGCUCCCCUGAGGCCAUACUCGGGGCGAUGCUCGAUCCCGCUCUCGCGGAAGAAGCAGUCCCCUGGGCCGUAGGCAUCAACUGCACAAAGGUCUGGAAACUGGACUCGUUGCUUCGUCGGUACGAGGCUGCUAUUCGUAAUCUGCUGCACGAGGGCACCGUCGAGAGGUGGCCUGCCUUGGUGCUGUAUCCCGAUGGAACAAACGGGGAAGUGUACAAUACAACCACCAAGCAGUGGGAGCUUCCUCAGGGGGCUGCUGAACAACAACAAGACAGAGUCCCCUGGGAGACGCAGCUUACGCAGGCCGUGCGGGCUACGGAAGCCAGGGGAAACUGGCCUGAGAUCAUUGUAGGGGGGUGCUGCAGGGCUCUUCCAAGCGAUAUCAAAAGACUUCGCGAUGCUCUAACAAAUUGAUGCCAACACA